AUGAACCAGACAAAUGCCACUGAAGUUACUGAGUUUGUUCUCCUGGGACUUUCUUCUUCCUCAGACCUACAACCUGUGCUUUUCUUCUUGUUUCUGGUGCUAUAUCUCCUGACCAUACUAGGAAAUGGCCUCAUUAUCAUCACAGUGACUUCUGAUCAUCACCUUCGCUCAGUACCCAUGUACUUUCUGCUCAGCAAUCUCUCCUUCCAAGAUCUCUGCUACUCUACUGUAACUGUACCCAAGAUGUUGAACAACUUGGUUACCCACCACAAAACAAUUUCCUUCCAGGGCUGUAUAGCCCAGAUAUUUUUCUUCCAUUUCACUGGAAGCACAGAGAUAUUCAUCCUCGCCAUCAUGGCGUAUGACCGCUACAUAGCUAUUUGCCGGCCCCUGCACUAUGAACUUAUCAUGAGCCAACAUACUUGCUGGGUCCUGGCAGGGACAUCAGUGCUGGGAGGGGUUAUCCAUUCCAUUACACAGGUAGUGCUCAUCUUACAUUUGCCUUUCUGUGGCCCAAAUGAGCUAGAUAAUUUCUACUGUGAUAUUCCACAGGUCAUUAAGCGGGCCUGCACAAAUACCUUUGUGGUAGAACUCCUGAUGGUUUCCAACAGUGGGUUGGUCACACUUGCAUGCUUUAUAGUGCUUCUCAUCUCCUAUACAGUCCUCUUGGUAAGGAUAAGGAGCCACUUGGCUGAGGGAAAGAGUAAAGCCCUUUCCACUUGUGCCUCCCACCUGAUGGUGGUGACUUUGGUGUUUGUGCCUUGUGUCUACAUCUAUGCCAGGCCCUUUCAGACAUUUCCAGCUGAUAAGUUAGUCUCCAUCCUCUACACAGUCAUCACCCCAAUGCUAAAUCCACUUAUUUAUACCCUGAGGAAUACAGAGAUGAAAAAUUCCAUGAGGAGGAUAUGGAACUAUUCUAUCUGA